UCAUGACUUUAUUACUUUCCUACGGUCAUUGGACACCUUUAAUUAAAGGAACUACGUUACUUGAAACUUAAGGUACCACGUACAUACGUAGCGAAAUUUGCAACGUUGUAAAUAAUUUUAUCUGUUCAAUAUGGAACCCGUGGGACGUUUUGCAUGUUACCUACUGACCGACAAGGUUCAAAAUGGUGGUGGAUAUCAAAUGGGCUUUAGUGCUGGAUGGCAUAGGCGAGAGCUGUACUAAUAUUCUGAAUUUGCUCGGCAUUCAAACCAUUUGUAGGCCGAACAUCAUAAGGGAAUACUUGUUAAAUGAUUUAUAUGCUUAUGACGCAAUAGUGGUGCGGCCAGACACUCUAAUUACUAAAGAAAUUCUUGCAGCUGCGUUUCGUUUAAAGAUUGUUGCACUUGCGAGCCCUGGUUGUGGCCAAAUUGACAUGGAGGCAGCCAGUAACAGGGGUAUUAGUGUCAUUAAUGCUCCGAACUCAACUGUUAUUAGUGCUUGUGAGUUAAUUUGUGGAUUGUUAUUGGCGGUGGCGAAACACAUGCGACCUGCCAGGACCGCUUUUUCUAAAGGUCUUUGGAGUAAUGGAUCAUUCAAAGGCAAUGAACUUAAAGACCGUACCGUUGCUAUUAUCGGCUGUGGCAGAGUCGGUAAGGGAGUCGCUAGUCGGAUGAGCGGUUUCGGUAUGAAGGUAGUGGGAUUUGACCCACUGCUAUCAGUGACACACAACAACGGCUCCUGCACUAUGAUAAAGGAUAUCAAUGAAAUCUGGCCUAUUGCUGAUUACAUUGUGUUACUAGGGGAUUACGUACUCUAUUCGAUGAUUGGUUUCGAUCCGUUCGCAACUCAGGAACAAUGUGAACAGUAUUUCAUAUCAAAAAUGACCCCCGAAGAGCAACCUGCAUUCCAACAAUGGUUAGACAUAAACUAUAAUUUUUUUGUAGAUUUCAUAAAUGCGGACGUUCUCGGCCGCUGCAAAACAGGCGUGAAGAUUAUAAACGUGGGACGUGGUGGUCUUAUAAACGAGAGGGACCUCUUGGAUGCUCUUAACUCUGGACAGGUCGGCGGAGCAGCGAUCGAUGUGUUUGAGGGGUGUCAGAAGGAUCCGGUGACUUUGUCACUUAUUGAACAUCCAUCCGUGAUAGCAACACCCCAUAUUGCUACAUCUACGACGGACGUCCCUGUGCAUGCGGCGAAGGAAAUAUCUGAACAAAUCGUUAACUUAGUGAAGCCGGGAACUUACUCCACUAUGCUGUCAGAACUGAACAAAAUCUACGACUAACAACCGAUUCCGAACCGAUUGUCUUUUUUUUUAAUUUGGUUCUAUUUGAUUAAAACUGAUUUUGUUGUAUGAAAUAGAAAGAUUUAUCUUAUUAAAAUAACAAAAAAU